UAUCAAAAUAAAUGUCAGAUGAGUUGCCCUAUCACCACCUACGUUGAAAACGCUCUAUGACGUCAUCGUGGGAGUGUUCCAUCGGGAGAAAUGAACGUUCAUCAACACAAUCCUCUCAGCGCCCAUCAUGUGACAUCCCGAAACAUCAGUGGAAACUGUUGACCGAAGAGGAAAGAACAUCCCAGCUCUUGUACUUUGAAAGAGUGUUCAAAGGAAGUGGGUUUUGGAAAUUUCCUUGGAAUACUUAGGCCUUUUCUAUGCAGUGAAAUCCCAAUAGGCCUGCUGAUGACCGGAAUUCAAGCCACUCCUGAGCUGUAAGCCGGAAAGAGGAGAAGCUGGACGGAGGACGAGCAUGUCUUUGAGCCAAUCCGCAUGCAUGCGCACAGGGCCCGAGUGAGUGAGCGCCAUACUCCUUGCUUCCCGACUUUUGAAGCUGCCUCUCAAAGGGGGUGUGGUGUUGGGGCGUAGCUAGACCCCCGCACCCCCAGAGUUAACACUGUGGCUGAGCAUCAGCCUGGCGCCCCCUGAUGGAUCAGACUAGUAGUGAGCAGAGUCCUGAGGAGCCGGAUGCGGGAGGUCGGGUGGAGCAGGAGGUUGGCCGAAGGGCAUCUGAGUCGGAGCACGGCCUGUCCAAAAUCACCCACAAUGCACUGGAGAACAUGGGCGCGCUUGGCCACGGCCUGAAGCAGCUUUUCCAGCCGCAGCGCCGCCGCUCGUCCGUCUCCCCGCACGACGCCGCCGCCUCCUCCUCAGGUGGCCCCGCCCUUGAGCCCCCUGACGGUGGGGGGCCAGAGGUUGGGGACACCCACUCGGCACCCGGUCCGGACUCUGACCCCCACACUACUUCCUCCGCUCCCCCUGCAGCUCUGAGCCGCGUUCUGCAGCAAAUCCGUGGCGCGCCCCCCAUAAUGAAGCGAGGGACCAGUCUGCAGAGCCGCCGCACUAAGGCGGGGGGGACCGGGGACCCCCCCCAGAAAGGCAGCCCCCAGAUCCACCGGAGGAGUACACAGGAGGUUAUGCUGCUGCAGGCUGGCCGCCCGCGCUCCUCCUCCACCACGGACACGCCCACCAGCCCCGCCCUGGCCGACAUGCUGCUCACUUCCGGGUACCACUCCACUGAGGAGCCUGACAGGCUGGAUUGUCUGGACGGUUCCGGCCCGGCCGUAUCGCCCAACGCCCUCUCCUGCGGAGCCGACGGUUACGGGCUGGACUCGGUCGACACCACCCCCGACCCCCAGCGCACAAAACAGGCCAUCGCCCAGCUGCAGCAGAAGAUCCUCAAGCUCACAGAGCAGAUCAAGAUUGAGCAGACGGCCAGAGACGACAACGUGGCCGAGUACCUGAAGCUGGCCAACAACGCGGACAAGCAGCAGAGUGCCCGCAUCAAACAGGUGUUUGAGAAGAAGAACCAGAAGUCGGCCCAGACCAUCCAGCAGCUGCAGAGGAAGCUGGAGCACUACCAUCGCAAACUGAGAGAGGUGGAACACAACGGUAUCCCCCGUCAUCCCAAAGACGUGCUCCGAGACAUGCACCAAGGCCUCAAGGGCGUGGGCGCUAAGGUCACCGGUGGCCUCUCCAGCUUCUCCCACGCCACUCACUCGGCGGCCGGGGCCGUGGUGUCCAAGCCUCGAGAGAUCGCCUCCCUCAUCCGCAACAAGUUUGGCAGCGCAGACAACAUAUCUGCCCUGAAGGACUCCCUGGACGAGCCCCAGGAAGAUGGUCAAGUUUUGGGGACUGGGGGGUCCAGGACCCUGGGGGGGGCUUCUAGCCCCAAGUACGGCAGCGAGGACGACUGCUCCAGUGCCACCUCCGGCUCGGCUGGGGCCAACAGCAUCACAGGGGCCCCCGGGGGCCCGCCCAGCUCUAAGGGCUUGAACACACUGGAGCACGGCCAGAGCUUGGGCUUGGACACGCUGCUCCACGAGGUCCAGGAGCUCCGGGACAGCCAAGGUCGGCUGGAUGAGUCGUUUGACAGCCUGAAAAGCCAUUACCAGAGAGACUACACCAUGAUCAUGCAGGCCCUGCAGGAGGAGAGAUACAGGUCGCCACUGCAUGCCACACACAACCGACAACGCAACCGGUGUGAGCGUUUAGAGGAGCAGCUGAAUGACUUAACAGAGCUGCACCAGAAUGAGAUCCUGAACCUGAAGCAGGAGCUGGCCAGCAUGGAGGAGAAGAUCGCCUAUCAGUCUUACGAGAGAGCUAGAGACAUUCAGGAGGCUCUGGAGGUGUGCCAGACGCGUAUCUCCAAGAUGGAGCUGCAGCAACAACAGCAGCAGGUGGUCCAGCUAGAGGGCCUAGAGAACGCCACGGCCCGGACCUUGCUGGGCAAGCUCAUCAACGUACUGCUAGCCGUCAUGGCCGUGCUCCUGGUAUUCGUCUCCACCGUGGCCAACUGCGUGGUGCCCCUGAUGAAGACGCGCAGCCGCACCUUCUCCACGCUGCUCUUUGUCGUCCUCCUCGCCUUCCUGUGGAGGAACUGGGAGGUCAUCUCGCAGUACCUGGAUCGCUUCCUGCUGUCCCCUAGUUGACCUACAGGGGUGGGGCUCUCUUAAUGAGUGACGAAGGGAGGCGACGGUGGGGCGGGGCUCCCUGAACAAUGAGGGACAGGCCUGGUGGGGGGUGACUAACUAACAAACCCCGUACUCUGCCUCUGAUGCAUGUGGUGGAACCAGGCCAGCACAAAGGGCAGGUUUAGCGGAAAGGAGGAGGAGGAUGAGGAGCCAGGAGAUCUGCACACUUACUUCUCUCGCUCUCUCCAAGCAGUGAAAUUGUUUACACGUGGAAGAUGUUUUCUUGCUUUUAGAAUUGAUUCAAGUGGUAUUGAAUUUUUCUUGUUAUUGCAGUCAUUCAUGCAUAUGCUUGAGGGCUUUCUCUUGUGGCAUGAUUGGGAAGGUAAACAGCUGGCAUGUUGAUGAUCCACAUGGCUAGUGACUUUACCCUUUUUCCGUUCUCCUUUUCACUACAUCCAAAAUCUCUCUUCCUUUUCUCUCUUUAACCCUAAAAUCUCUCCUUAACCCUAAAAUCUCUCCUUUCUCCCUUUUCUUACUCCCAAUAUGUUCUCUUCCGUGUUUGUCUUCCUCUGCCCCUCUUCUCAAUCAUCCCAGUCUUUGCCCAUUUCACUAAAUCGCUCUUCAUUUUGGGAGGUUUGAUGUGACUAGCUACAGUGCACUGCUGUGGACAAAAUCAAAUUUAUCACUGGAUCAAGCAAGUGAUGGGUUCUUGACUUGUUUCUAUUGGAUGAGCUAAACGCGACGUUGGGCCUGAUUGUACACAACAUACUUCCGGCGCCGACAGAGAUGGCCGCCUCGCUUUGAUUUGAUUGGAUCAGGACUGAGUCGGAAUAUGCUCAGUUUGAAGCCCCGCACUCUUGGCCUGGCCUGUUGGAUCUGCCCCUGCUGAGACUAUAAACUAAUCUAUAAACUGAAUGAACAUACUUGAAGAGCUGUGAAGCUUCUCAGUCUUUCAGUGCUUCCGUACUGUUUCUAUUAGUGACAAUGAAAUGUAAACUUUUUAUUUUUUAAAACAAAUAAAACAUGCGGUUUUAAAAAUGAA